GUCAGCUAGAUAUCCAAGUAAAUAGUCUUGGGACAGUUGUAGUCUAAAGCUUUCCGGGAUUUGGGAUGGUUUUAAAUCUUUCACUAUGUCUGAAAUGCUACUGAAAGGUAUGGAUGAGAUUAGUCUUGGGCCUGGGCCUGGUAAGAUGGAAGAGGAGAAAGAAAAUGGACGGAGUUUUCUCCUGGUUGACGAAAACGAAAGCUUGCAGGUGAAGAACGAAGGUGAUUUUCUGCAGAAGUUGGGCUGCAGUGCUGCUCAAGGAGUUAAAGUGCUUUCCAUCUUUGGCAACACAGGCGACGGCAAGUCCCACACUCUCAAUCACGUGCUUUUCGAUGGCGAGGAGGUAUUUGCCACGUCUCCUUCUCCAUCCUCAUGCACGGUGGGCGUUUGGGCGGCUUACGAUCCGCUCCUGAGCUUGAUCGUGCUGGAUACAGAGGGCCUGCUUGGUGCCGCCAGUCAGCAGAACCGGCGGAUGCGUUUGCUGCUGAAGGUUCUGGCCGUAUCAGACGUGGCUGUUUACCGCACACGGGCCGAGAGGCUGCACAACGACAUGUUUCAGUUCCUCGGCAGUGCGUCGGCCGCUUACCUGAAGCACUUUACACCUGAGCUCCGCACUCUGUCUAAUCGCUGCGGGCUGGACGUGCCUCUCUCCAGCCUGGGUCCUGCCGUUAUAGUUUUCCAGGAGACUUCUCGCACUCAGCUGCUAGGCCAGGAUGUGUCUGUCCUGGGGCAAGCAGACACGCUGCUGCAAAAGCGCUUCCAUGAGUUGAAGGAGAGCACAGACGCCUUCAGCUCCGUUCAGUACGUGGGCACCCAAACCAUCACUCCCCCCACAGACUACUCACAGUUACUGCAGAUAGUCAAUCAGCAAGUGAAGAACACAUCCCAGCGAGCCCCGCGCCAGCCUGCCAUUGUGUUCAGUGCAUUACAGGCCUUGAGUGACAGGUUCUGUGGUGAGAUCUCCGAUGACAAAAUCAGCAUAUACUCCUUCUUUCCUGAUGAAUAUUUCACUUGCCCAUCAGUGUGUCUCAGCUGCAACGUUCGGUGUAAAAAUGGCAUGAACCACCAGAAAGAUGCGGUCCCACACAUGGCUGAUGGAUUAUGUCAGUAUGCCCACCAAUACAACAAUAAAGUUCUCAUCUGCAAGAGGUGCUAUGAAAGCGGAAAGGAAGUGAUUGUCAUACCCAAAACAACUGCCUCUACAGAUAACCAAUGGCUUGGUCUGGCCAAGUAUGCAUGGUCAGGCUAUGUUUUAGAGUGUGCCAGCUGUGGCAUCAUCUACCGGAGUCGGCAGUACUGGAUGGGCAACCAGGAUCCAGAGAGCGGUGUUGUGCGGCCAGAGGUCAAGCAUGUCUGGCAGGGGACCGAUGCCUUCCAGACAGACCAUCAGAAUGCAGCUCAGCGGGUUUUGGAUGGAAUGAAUUACAUAAUCCAGUCAGUGUCAGAAUAUAGCUCAGGCCCAACCAAAGCUGUCACUGCCUGGCUCACAGACCAAGUGGCUCCGCCCUACUGGAAACCCAAUGCUGAAAUCAGUGAAUGUCAUGGUUGUAAGAGAGCGUUUGAGGAGGCGGAGAGGAAACACCACUGUCGGGCAUGUGGGGAGGGUUUCUGUCAGGCCUGCUCUACUCACAGCAUGCCUGUCCCUGAGAGAGGCUGGGGCGGCACCCCUGUACGAGUGUGUGACGCCUGUUACCGGCAAGGAGGACCGCAGAACACUGGACAGGUGGCCAGUACAGAACCCCGGAUACUGGUUGCCCGCAGAGUGACAGAAGUAGCUCAGUCCACUCUCGACAUGGUCUCCACCGCUGUGGACUACCCUCUCUGUUUUGUAAAGGGAGUUGCGAGACCAGACUAUUGGAUCCCGGAUCAUGAGAUCACCCAGUGCCACUGCUGUGCUAAGCCCUUCAUCCCCAGCAUGUCCAAGCACCACUGCAGGGCAUGCGGGCAGGGAGUGUGCGGGAACUGCUCCAGUAGGACCAGGCCAGUGCCCUCUCGUGGCUGGGACCACCCAGUGCGAGUGUGUGACGGCUGCGCUGACCGCAGGGAUUCCCUGUGACCUUGCUGUGCCUCUGUAGUGCUACUCUAAUACUCCCAGCAUCUCUUGGUGCCCAGAAACCAGGUUGUAGGCAGUUUUUCAAGCCUUCAUGGAUGGGGGAAAUAAGAAACUCACUGCAGUUCUUCAUUGACAAACACUCAGGCUCUAUAAAGCAUUAGCUGCUGAAAUAGAGAGUGAUGAUGUCUGGGUUCAAUUUAAAAGAGUUAACUAAGAAAUUGCAUAAUGAAAAUAAUUUGUAGAAAUAUCAAGGUUUAUUAUAGGACAGUUAAGCUUAUUUUAUACACAAAUGCUCAUUACUGUAAUACAGUUGUGAAAAUCACACACACUCAAACAUAUUAUAUAAAGAAAUGCCUUUUAUUAUUUUGCCUAGGGUGAAUAAGCAUCUCAGAAAUUUCUUAAUUUUUUUUUUUUUUUGUAAGAUUUGCAUCAGAAAUUAAAAAGAUGAAAAAUACAUUUUAAUGGAUUUUGAUAGAUUCUAUAGUGCUGGCACUGAAAACAAAUCGCCCUCUAAAAGUGCAUUUCUAUGUUUAACGUCUCAUCAUUUCUGUCCCAAAGAUAAGACGGCGAGAGCAGUAAAUAUUAACAUAUAUUAUGUUUAGUAAAUUAUCGUUUGAGAUACGUAGGAGGUGUUACACUAAUACAGAAGCGUUUGAAUAUCAUAUAGCAGCCUUUUAUUGGUAGAGUUUUAUACUUUAUUCCUGGAACAGAGCAAGAGUAGCCUAGAAUUCACAUUCCAGUCAAGACAAUGCAAUGAAUCCUGUGAACUCGUAUCUCAUUGAAUUUUUUUUUAUCAAUAUAGUUCUUUACUAAUUUUUCUGAAAUAUAACGACUGCACUUUAUCUCAUUUUUACUAUCAAAUUUCUUAAGUUGAGAGCCAUAUAAUAUAAUACAUAAGAUACAAACUGUACAUAUAUGAUGAAAGUGGAAUUAUUCAGCAGCCAGUAGCAUUUGCAGUGCCUAAUGGAUCUUGACAACUAUACUUGCAAUGCAUAUAAACAGUACUAUAACAGGAUGGUUGUGUAUGACAUUUAAUGCAGGCUUACACUAAACUGAAUGUUGAGUGGUUUCCUAACAUGUACAGCUCAUAAAAUGGCUUAUUUAAGGCACUUUUUGAUUUGAGAGAAUCCAUGUGGAAUUUUUUAACUAUGUUUUUUUGUUUUACAAUUCUGCUUCUACUCUGUAUUUUUAUCUGGAAUAGAACAUUGUAGUCUUCUAUGAAGGGAUUUAACCAAAGCAAUGGUUUUAAUUGCACAUUAAAACCACCUGCAUUUGACAAUCCUGCAAACUAUGUUUUGAUUGGCCGAUACUGUUUUUCAGGCUUCUACUCAGAACAUUAAAGCUAUUUGAAAGCA